AGAUUCGGGUGCAUAUGCACAUUUCUUGUUUGAGGCCUUUGACACUAACAAGAAUGGAUCAGUUAGUUUCGAGGUAAGAUCAUUGUUUACUAUUGUCUACUUCCUAAGGGAGUGAGGAAAACCUAUAUCUGUCUGUAUACUGUAUAUGCAGCUGCAGCUGAAUAUGUAUACAAAUAGAAUAUAUGCCUUUCUUCUCCUUUCAACACACACACACACACACACACACACACACACACACACACACACACACACACUCACACACACACACACACACACAUAAGGGUCAGAACAUUGUUGAUAGACACACUGGAGAGCAUAUAGUGUAUUGCAGUGAGCCACAUCAUCUUCUUUGCUGAUGCUAUAGCCCAGGGAUGGGCAACACAUUUUACUUCUGUUCUCAGAACGUUCCAAAAUGUUCUGUUUUACCGGUCAGGAAGCAUAUAGCUUCAUUCCCACAACCAAUGUGAAACCAAAAACAUACGUUCCCACAAUUUCCAAGGAACCAAAUGUGCUAGCUGUGUAAAUGUUGAACGCUGGUGAGUAUGACGGGUGGAGAAGAAUGGAUACAAAAAUGUUAAAUCGCUCUCUCUCUCUUUCUCUCUCUCUCAAUAUCUUUGUCUUUCUCUCUUUUCUCAGGACUUUGUGUUUGGUCUGUCUAUCAUUCUGAGAGGAACGAUAAAUGACCGGCUAAACUGGGCCUUCAACCUGUACGACCUGAACAAAGACGGCUGCAUCACCAAAGAGGUAAGACACAGAUGCAUACACACGGAUGCACACACACACACUCACACAUAUACAAUACUUGAAAAAUACAGAGGAUCAACAACAUUACUGGCCUGUAUGACAGCUUGAAAAGAAGGAUGUUAAAAAAGAUCUGCUUCAAAUCAUCCAUUCUCUUUGCAAUAAAGCCAUUGAGUAAUACUGCAAGACAACACACCAAAGAAAUACACUUUUUAGCCUAAAUAGUUGAGGUCAAAUUCAAUACAUCCAAUAGGUCAAAUACUCAGUAUUUUCAAAUAUUGUGGUGGCAGCAUCAUAUUAUGGGUGUGCUUGUCACCGGCAGAGACUAGGGAGUUUGUCAGGAUCAAAAGAAAAAUGAUGGAGCAAGCCCAGCUAUAAAGUGAGAGGGAAAAACGGCUCAGUCUUCUGGAAACUUACCCUGGGAUAGAGUUGUAUUUUUCAGCGGGUCAAUGAAAAAACUUUCAUGCCAACGACACACCAGAAUAUCUUUCCAAGAGGUGUUGAGUGAUCCUGAGUGGUCCAGUCUCAGUCCUGACUUAAAUUUCCUUGAAAAUCAGAGACAAGGUUUGAAUAUUGCUGUUCAUCAAAGAUUCCCAACCAAAGUUAUUGAGCUUGAGCAAUUUUGACAGAAACAAUGGCACCCUAAGAGUAAAUGUUCUAUAAUUUACUUUCACUUUAAAAAUGUGGUGUAGGUUGUGUAGAUCCGUAAAAAUGUUAAGGCAGUAAAAUGUGAAGACUGUGCAAGGGGUGUGUAGACUGUACCUCUCCAUUCUGAAAUCUGAGUCUCCUCUUCUAAGUUCUGAGCUGUCUAUCCAUGUUAUAAAUCUAAAGUAUAUUCUAAAGUUGACAGUUCUCAAGUUGACCCUCAAUCUCUGAUUGGAGCUUGAUUGACUGAUCUUGUGCUGUGACAGUACCCAGCUAGCACAUAACGUUCUGAGAACCUUAUGUUUUCUUAGAGCUUGGUGAGAGCGUGGCUGUCCUAUGGUUAUUUUGCAUACAACCUUCCCACAAUUUUCUGGGAAUGGUGCAGGAUAGUUGAUUGGAUUUUGGAACAUUCUCAGCACAUUUACGAAACUUAACAAAAACACACAUUAUUUUCUUGGUAUUUCAUUACUUUAACAGAACAAUUCCUAAAAGUUCAAAUAUGGUUACAUUUCAUUUACAUUUUGGUAAUGUUCUAGGAACGUUCUCCAACUGGUUUGGCAUUGGGAACAGUCUGCUGUGGCAAUUUCAGUACUUCAGCAUAAUGUUUCCUACAGGUUUUCUCAUGGUUCUGUUUAAAGUCAUGUGUGACCGUUCUGUCCUAACAGCAGUCAAGCACCCAAGCUAACUGGCUAACGUUGGCUAGCUUGCUAGAUACUUCCAGACACAAAUGAGAGAACAGCUCACUCUGACCAUUUUACUCACCCUAGCAGAGCUGGUUAGGCUGUUUUUAUGUUAUCCAGAGCGUUGGUGACUGCAACUGUGCUGCUUGCAACAAUUUACGCUUUUUUGCCAACGUUUACUGACACCGGCCAUAUUCAACUCUCAGACGAGAGUGCUCUGAAAUCGGAGUAGAUAGCCAGAGCGAAUUUACCAGCUACGUCUAUCAACAGUUGUCACAGUGAAAUCAUUAACAUUCUAUUGAAAUGGUUACUUGCAUAGUGGAGUCUUUUGUUAAGACAUGUAGCUAGCUAGCUAGCUAAACAAUGAACCAUAAUCCCAACACAUGAUGUUACUACCCUGCAUGAAUCUGCAGGUAGCAAACCAACCAGGUUCAAUGUUAGCUAGCUAAAAUUAGGCUAUAACUAUCAAAGCAAAUGGCUCUGAGAUACGAAUAAUAUUACUACACAGAUCAUACACGUAAUGUUAGCUAGCGAGCCAGCCAGCUAAUGUUAGCUAGCUAGCUAACAGUACACUUUAACUUGAAAUGAAAACGACUUUCUGACAAAAUUAGGAAUGUGUAAUAUCUGAAAAUGUAGCUAGCUAGACUAUCUUACCCGUAUACAUGGAUGGAUGCUUCGCCCUCUCUGUCACGGAUGCCAUGGUUGCCCUUAGUUUGAAGAUGUAAUCCGGAGACAGGUGUUUUCUCCAUCUCCUUAGCUAUCAUACUCUAAUUCCACUGAUUUCAAAAAGUGGAGAGCAACACUUAUGCAGUUCUACUACGCAAUAUAUAUAUUUUUAAAUGUUCUCAGAACCUACCUGUAAAACUAUUUUCAUUUCUGUCCUCAGAACGUUUAAAAAACGUUCAGUUUUACCCAUCAGGAAACGUAUGGCUUCGUUCCCACAACCAAUGUGAAACCAAAAAUAUACAUUCCCCCAACUUCCAAGGAACCAAAUGCUAGCUGGGUAUACCCUGUGUCAUCUCUCUCUCUCUCUCUCUCUCUCUCUCUCUCUCUCUCUCUCUCUCUCUCUCUGUAGGAGAUGAUGGAUAUAAUGAAGUCUAUCUAUGAUAUGAUGGGGAAGUACACAUACCCCUGUAUGCAGGACGAGGCACCCAGAGAACACGUGGAGAGCUUUUUCCAGGUCAACAUACCAUUUCUAUUAAUCAAACCCAAUACUUUAGAGCAAGCCCUUGAGCAAGGUACUCAAUCCCCAAACUGCUCCAGGGGCACUGAAUGACAUGUGUCCCCUUUUCCUCCCCUUUCUCCCUUCUAGAAAAUGGAUCGUAAUAAUGAUGGGGUGGUCACUAUUGAUGAGUUCAUCGAGUCAUGCCAAAAGGUAGGUUGUAUGUGUGGUGUGUGAGAGUUCUUGUUUGUAAAACAGGUUCCGUUUGUGUAACUGACCGCUGAAUCCUCAGAUCUCACUAAGGUUAAUUGGGGCAUUCCCCAAGGUUUGGUUUUAGGACCGUUACUGCUUGCACAUUUUAUAUUCCCUUUUCACCCAUUUUCCAACAUUGUUUUGUUCCCUUUUUGGGUUGUGACCCAUGUAAAAUGCACUUUAAAUACACAGAGAGAGAGAGAGAGAGAUUGAGAUAGAGCGGGAGUCAGAGGGGAUGCGAUAGGAGAUGGGGAGAGGGAAGAGAGGGAGAGGGAGGGAGAGAGAGAGAUGAGGAGGAGAAGAGACGAAGAGAGGAGAUGGAGAGGGAGAGAGGAGAGAGAGCGAGAGGCAGAGAGAGAGGAGAGAGAGAGGAGAGAGAUGAGAGAGGAGAGAGAGAGAGAGAGAGAGAGAGAGAGAGAGAGAGGAAAAUGUCUAAGCUGACUCUUCUGAGGGUCACCUCUACUGUCAUCUCUGUUUUAGGGAGUCAGACUCCCUUAAGAAAGAAAGCUGAAACAAACAGGGAUUCAUUGUGCCUCUAGAAACGUGCUAUCCCUGUUGUCUCUCGCUAUGCCUAACAUUUCUAUCUCUCUCCUUUUCUCUCUCUAUCCCCCCCCUCUCUCUCUUCAGGAUGAGAAUAUCAUGCAGUCCAUGCAGCUGUUCGACAACGUCAUCUAGGAGCCUCUGACAUAGGAAAGUGGCUGGAGGACAGGGGAGGUGUGUGUGUGAGCGUGUACCACAGGAGGACAGGCUUGUGGUGAUGGCUGGAGCGGAAUAAGUGGAAUGGUAUCAAAUACAUCAAACACAUGGUUUCCUUCUGUUUGAUGCUAUUACAUUUGCUCCUUAGCGGCCAUUAUUAUGAGUCGUCCUCCCCUCAGCAGCCUCCACUGCACAUGUAUUUGUGUGUGUGUGUUUGUGCCUGUGUGUGUGUGUGUGUGCGUGUGUGCAUGCAUUUCUCUCCACCCCCACUCCAAGCCAAAAGUGGGUGCCUCCUCUUCUCCAGCCCUUCAUCUCUCCCAGAGACACAGAGAAGAGAGGGGCUGGUGAUCCACACCCACAACCACAUCAAGGACCAGUUCAGCAGUGAGGAACGUUACAGAACAUUCAAAUAG